AUGUUGAAUGAUGGAUCUUUUUCUCUUAAGUUGAUAAAGGAAUUUGAGUUUAAGAAUAAUGUUAUUUCUCUUGGGUUGCUGAAUUUAAGUUACAUUCUUCUUGUUGGAAAAGAUGUCUCAGACAUUGUGUCCAACAUCUAUGCAGCUAUUGAUGAAACUGAUCUGUUUUUUUAUGGAAAAAUGUUAGAUCUUUGUCACCUCAACUUGUUGUUACUGCUACUGCAAGCUUGUGCAAAUGUCUUUUGGAUGCAGAUUGUUAGUCCAAAUCAGUUUAGAAAAAGAUUUGGAAUAUUGGAUUUGCAUUGGAGAAAAUAUUUAAUUGGAUAUGCUUUGAAGGAAGGUUUGCUUCUCUGUUCUGAGUUAUUUGGUAGUAUUCCUCUGGUUCUUGCUACGAUUUUAACUUUGUGGUUAGCAGACAAAUCUGGUCGCCGGCUUUUACUUAUUGUUUCUUCAUCUGCAAUGGCUUUGAGUCUUUUGGUUAUUUCAAUAUCAUUCUACUUGAAGGAAUAUAUAUCACCAGAUUCUGAUUUAUAUGCGACAUUGAGCCUCGUAUCGGUGGCUGGAGUUGUGGUCAUGGUUAUUGCAUUCUCUCUGGGAUUAGGAGCAAUGCCAUGGAUUAUAAUGUCUGAGAUUCUUCCGAUUAACAUCAAAGACCUAGCUGGAAGUUUUGCAACACUUGCCAAUUGGUUCUUUUCCUGGUUGGUUACAUUAACAGCAAAUUUGCUCUUGGAUUGGAGUUCGGGAGGAACCUUCACAAUAUAUACUGCAGUGUGUGUUUUCACAGCAGGAUUUGUUGUCAUUUGGGUCCCCGAGACAAAGGGAAAAACUCUUGAAGAAAUACAACAGUUUUUCAGAUGA